GUGACGUCACCUUCCGAGAUACGUCAUACAGGAAGAGCGUUCAUUGUUUUGGCCUUUCCUGGUCCACAUCCUCGGAGUCUUGCCGAUCAAAACAACAAACAUCUGACAGUCGACACACUUCUGGUGCGAAGACGAGGUGACCAUGACUCACUGGUUCCAUCGAAACCCUCUAAAAGCCACGGCUCCGGUAUCGUUCAAUCUGUACGGCGUGGCGUCCAGUCCCGCUGCCAACAAGAUCUGCAAUGACCUGAGGACGGCGCGAGCCCGACUGCUGGACAUGUUCACAGAUGCCACAUGCACCCCAGAGAUCAUGAAGAGAUCCAGUGAUGAAUAUUUUGCUCUUAUACAGGGAUUCAUUUUGCCGCUGGAUGGAACCACACAAGAGAGCAAGCUCCGAUUCAUCCAGAACUUCAAAUGGACUGACACUUUACAAGGAAAUAUGGCAAGUGCCCAGCAGGAUGCUGUUUUUGAGCUGGUGUCUAUGGCGUUUAAUGUGGCCAUCUGGUACUCCAAGUUUGCCUCACGUCUGUCCGGAAAGGAGAACAUCACAGAGGACGAGGCCAAAGAUGUUCACAAGAGCUUGAAAAUCGCCGCUGGAAUAUUUAAAACCCUGAAGGACACUCAUAUUCCUCGACUCAUCACUCCAGCAGAGAAGGGUCGCGACCUUGAGCCGCGGGUCAUCGACACCUACAUCGUGCAGAGUCAGGCGGAGGCUCAGGAGGUCACCAUUGCCAGAGCCAUCGAGCUGAAGCACAACGCCUCCCUCAUCGCAGCGCUGUCCUUCGAGACCGCUAACUUCUACCAGAAGGCCGAUCACACUCUGAACACUUUGGAUCCAGAAUGCAGCAGUAAAUGGAAGAAAUACCUGCAGCUGAAGCAGCACUUCUACAUGGCUUAUGCGCACUGUUAUCAUGGACAGACUCUUCUGGCGGCUGAUAAAUGUGGAGAGGCCAUCAGAUCCCUGCAGGAGGCCGAGAAAUUUUAUUCCCGCGCUGAAGCCUUGUGUAAAGAGUACCGUCAGAUGAAGGGUCCGGGCAGCACGGCCAAACCCUCGGAGCAGCUCUUCUUUAAGAAGCUGGGCACGUUCAUCAAGAACACCCUGGAGAAGUGCCAGAGAGAGAACAGCUUCAUUUACUUCCACAAGGUUCCUGCAGAAGCUCCGGCGCUGGAACUGAAGGCCAGUUAUGGUUUGGCUGAACCGACUCCGUUCGAGCUCCCGCCUCUCAGCGCUCAGUGCACGCCUGAAGUCUACGCGACCUUUGACCUUACCAAGGGACCCAAAGACGACAAGGCAAAAGCCAAGCACGAUGAGGAGAUCAAGCCGGUGAAGGAGCCGGAUCUGAAGCCGCAGAAGGACACGGGCUGCGUCGUCUCUUAAACUCCUGCUGAAGCAUCAGCGUGAAGUCGAUGUCUGUAAUAAUCUUCUCGUGUAACUCAAAUAUUUCCCAAUAUAACAUAGUGAUUUAACAGUGGCAUCCGUCUCAUGCUCCGAUUCUGAUGAAGGUGUUUCGUCUACAAGCGACAGGUGUUCAGAUGAACGGUUGUGUGGCUAACUGACUGAAUCUGAAUUAUACGACCAUUUGAUCUGCACUUGAUUGUCUCUCUGUAGCACAAUAUAGAUGAUUUCAGUCCGACCUUUAAUGUUUAUUGGGUCCAUUGAUUAGAGAAUAACUUCUAUAGGUCACUAAAUUCACCUUUUUUUUAAUAAUGUUUAGAAUUUAACUCUUCAUGGUGAUGCUGGAAAUUGAUUUAAUGCAAUUGUUAAACAGUCCUUAAGCUAUAUGAAUUUCUGAACAAUUAAAAUAAGAUAUGAAAAAUUAUGCUUUGCAUAACGAAAAUAAAACCAUUUUAAAUACAUUAAGAUUUAUUGCAUUAUUGCAUUAUAAUUCAUGACAAUUGAGCACAUUUUCUUCCAAGUUUCUAAAUACUGCAAUGAAGAAAUUAAUGUGUAUAUAUAUAUAUAUAUAUAUAUGCAUAUGCUAUUAAUUCUAAAUAAUUUUAUUUGGCAUUAAAUGUGAUUGAUUUUCUUUAAUAUAAUAUAUAUUGUAUUAUAUAAUGAUAAAUUGUCAUGCAUAUAAUGUUAGAAUGCAAUAAAUGGGUGUUUGAAAAAAAGUCUUCAUGCAAAAUAAAAUUUCAUUAGUCAACAUUACAUUUAAGAUUUAAAAAAAAUAUAUGACUUAUUACUCAUGUAUUGCACUUAAUAUCUGCUGUAUGAUUCAUAUUUCUCAGUGGGAGGAAGUGAAAAGCACAUUGUAUUUGGGUUGUUGUAGGAAAAGAACAGAAUGAAUCCCAGUCUUAGCUGAUUUGCUUGAACUGGGAAUAAAAUUAAACAGGGUGAUGAUGUGAAGUGCCACGAGCUUUGCUCUGAUUAUAAUUUUUUACUGGACUUACUUUCCAUGUGUAUAUAUUUACAGUCAUUUAAGCAAAAAUACGAUUCGCUUCUGAAUUGAAACCUGUCAGAAUAAUCUGAACUUGCAUUGCUGUGCUGUACGUGUGAUGGGAAACUCAGUUUCCCAGUUGUUUACUGGUUUGAUUUGAUGGGUUGGCUGUUUUUACUGUAAGCUCAAGAAGAACAUCCACCUUCUUUGAUCUUUGGUGCUGUGUUUUGAGGGUCACGGUCGUAAAAACUUCAACAAAACUACAUGCACUUUUACUUCAGCUCCAGGUUCAGAAAUGAUCACUAAAUGUCUGACGCUUAUUAUUUUAACCCCUGCUUUAAUCAGCAUACUGAAAACAAAGAGCUUGUGUUCUUAUUAAGGCUAAAUGAUUAGCAGAUAUUUUGCUGUACAUUUAUUUAACACAAAUCUGCAGAGAACAAGAUUUUCUCUGGCAUUGUAAGAUGACACUCCGCGAUCACUUUUAGUUUUUGCAAUUAUUCGUUGUGCCGUCUAUGCAGUUGUAUGGAUAUGUAUGCAUCAUAUAUACUCACAGAUUACUAUCAACCUGUAACUCAAAGUCAUGCAUUUAAUGUUUUUUUCCCAUUAAAAUGUGUGUCAGCUA